AUGGUCGACCUUCUUCCCUGGCACCGGCGGGAGCUGAAGCAUGUAGUAAGUCUGUCGCCGUUGCCAGCAGGUCUGUUGCGAUGCAUCCUUGUAUCGGUGAUAGUCUUGCGCCCCUGUACCGCAAAAUCGUUUUUCGAUUGUGGGCCCUCCUACAUCCCUUACUCCCGCGAGCAGGACCAUGGCGUUUGCAUCUUCCAGCUCCAGAACGAUGAGCUGGAGAGCUCCUGGGACGCAGGCAUCAUAGACGGAGCCCUCCACCUCACCACCGACGACGUCUACCAGCCGCCGGUAUAUUACCCUCCUGACCCCACGAGGCGGGCGGGAUGUGCCAUCCUCCGGGAGGAAGUCGAUCUAUGGCGGCCGGCCUGUGCAGCAUACCCAUACGGCGUUCACUCGCAGUGGGCUUGGCGGUGA